ACGGCAGGGAAGCCUUCAGGGGGACUAUGGGACCAUACCUGCCCUCGCUUCUCUCCGCCGCACUUCCUCCGCCUGGAGCUCGGGCGCGGAGGGGGGCCAGACCCCGACCCCGUGGCUCUACUGGGUCUCGCGGCCCUGGGCCCUGCGCCGGUGACCGCGCCCCCACCCUAGUCGCGACCUGCGAGAUGUUGCUGAGCCCCGUGCUGCUGCUGCUGCUGCUGCUGCCGCCGCCGCUGCUGCUGCUGGGGGCCCUCCCGCCGGCGGCUGCCGCUCGAGGCCCUCCGAGAAUGGCAGACAAGGUAGUCCCGCGGCAGGUGGCCCGACUGGGCCGCACUGUGCGGCUGCUGUGCCCAGUAGAGGGGGACCCACCACCGCUGACCAUGUGGACCAAGGACGGCCGCACGAUCCACAGCGGCUGGAGCCGCUUCCGGGUGCUGCCCCAGGGGCUGAAGGUGAAGGAGGUGGAGGCGGAGGAUGCGGGCGUGUACGUGUGCAAGGCCACCAAUGGCUUCGGCAGCCUCAGCGUCAACUACACUCUCGUGGUGAUGGACGACGUCAGCCCAGGGAGGGAGAGCCCAGGGCCCAGCGGCUCCUCGGGGGGCCAGGAGGACCCUGCCAGCCAGCAGUGGGCACGGCCCCGUUUCACCCAGCCCUCCAAGAUGCGGCGCCGGGUGAUCGCACGGCCCGUGGGCAGCUCUGUGCGGCUCAAGUGUGUGGCCAGCGGGCACCCCCGGCCUGACAUCAUGUGGAUGAAGGAUGACCAGGCUCUGACGCGGCCGGAGGCCAGUGAGCACAGGAAGAAGAAGUGGACCCUGAGUUUGAAGAACCUGCGUCCUGAGGACAGCGGCAAGUACACCUGCCGAGUGUCCAACCGGGCGGGCGCCAUCAACGCCACCUACAAAGUGGACGUCAUCCAGCGGACCCGCUCCAAGCCGGUGCUGACGGGCUCGCACCCCGUGAACACGACCGUGGACUUCGGGGGCUCCACCUCCUUCCAGUGCAAGGUGCGCAGUGACGUGCGGCCCGUGAUCCAGUGGCUGAAGCGGGUGGAGUACGGCGCCGAGGGCCGCCACAACUCCACCAUCGACGUGGGCGGCCAGAAGUUCGUGGUGCUGCCCACGGGCGACGUGUGGUCGCGGCCCGACGGCUCCUACCUCAACAAGCUGCUCAUCGCGCGCGCCCGCCAGGACGACGCGGGCAUGUACAUCUGCCUGGGCGCCAACACCAUGGGCUACAGCUUCCGCAGCGCCUUCCUCACGGUGCUGCCAGACCCCAAGCCGCCGGGGCCGCCCGUGGCCCCCUCGUCCUCGACCUCGGGCCUGCCGUGGCCCGUGGUCAUCGGCAUCCCGGCCGGCGCCGUCUUCAUCCUGGGCACCGUGCUGCUGUGGCUCUGCCAGGCCAAGAAGAAGCCCUGUGCUCCUGUGUCUGCACCCCCGGUGCCCAGCCACCGUCCCCCCGGGGCACCCCGGGACCGCGGCAGUGGUGACAAGGACGCGCCUGCCCUGGCCGCGGGGCUGUGCGCGGAGCAUGGGUCCCCGGGCGCCCCCCCACACCUGCUGGGCCCGGGAGCGGCUGCCGGCCCCACGCUGUACUCCAGGCUCUACACGGACGUGCACACGCACACGCACUCGCACACGCACGCCCACGUGGAGGGGAAGGUCCACCAGCACCAGCACGUCCACUACCAGUGCUAGACGGCUGCCAGCUUGCGUGUGUCCACGGCGGGCAGGGAGGCUGGGAGGGACAGCUCGGCCUGGGGAGAGAGGCCGCACCCGGUCCCUGUGCGAGGCACACGUGCUGGCUGUGCACAGAGACACGCUGGCGAUGGA